GGGGAGCUGUCUCUCUCUGGGAGGCUGGAGGAGGCUGGUUUAUGUAAAUAUCUCAAGUUCCUGACUUUCUCAGCUUGGAGCUGCUCAGUUCCAGCGAGAACAUUAUCAAAAACGGCUGUGGGAUUUGAGGCUGCCUGAGCUCCCUGCUCUGCAUAUACAAGGCAAGGUUUUGGCUACUGCCCAGGACAGGUAUCCAGCCUUCAGAGGAAAAGAAGAGCCCAUAUGGAUUUAUUACUAGGUCCUGAAUACUACAAGCCAUAAUUACAGAAUACACCAACCUUCCCCUCUCAAGCUGGUACCCAGCUCUACUCCACAAGCAUGAGCUUCUGUCACCGUCCCAUCAAAGUUUUUCAUUUUAUCUAAUAUGUGGGUGUGCAAUUAAAUUGCACAGAUUUUUUUUUUUUUUCAUUGUUGCUGCUUUUUUUCCUGCUUGCCCUUUGGAAUCGGACUAGGAGGAUCUUACCGAUUUUAUUUUCUGAGCAGCAAGUCCUGCUGUCUUUCUUCUAUUACUUUGAGGAACCCAACAUCUGCAUAGAGUUUGGACAUUGGGCAUCGGGGGUCGUGUUAGGAUCCCUGGGUGUCCUUCUGCGUUCCCGCCAUGCCAGCCCGGGAACCAAUCCUGUGGCUGUGUGUCCUGCAGGCCUUAUGCUCCACCUUCGCCAGGGACUCAGCGCCGCCCACUCCACGCAUACAACUAUCUUUUCGAGAUCUCAAGGCUUCUGGCACUGCUCACUUUCUAAGCUUCCUGCUGAACACAACAGACUACCGGAUCCUACUAAAGGAUGAAGAUCACGAUCGUAUGUAUGUUGGGAGCAAAGACUUCAUCUUAUCUUUGGACCUGCAAGAUAUCAACCGGGAACCUCUCAUUAUUCACUGGCCAGCAUCCCAGCAGAGGAUAGAAGAAUGUGUGUUAUCUGGGAAAGACAGCAACGGGGAAUGUGGUAACUUUAUCCGUCUGAUCCAGCCAUGGAACAGAACUCACCUGUAUGUUUGUGGAACUGGGGCAUACAAUCCCGUGUGCACCUACAUCAACCGAGGGCGCAAAGCACAGGCCUCAGAGCUGAGUCAUACAGCACCCCCUGGAGGACGAGGGAGCAGAGCUGCUGAUUCCCUGCUCAGCCCAACGCCUGCUGACCAUAAGGAUUAUGUGUUUUAUCUGGAGCCGGAUCGUGUGGAAUCUGGGAAGGGAAAGUGUGCAUAUGACCCCAAGCUAGAUAGUGUGUCAGCCCUUAUCAAUGAAGAGCUGUACUCUGGUGUAUAUAUAGAUUUCAUGGGGACGGACGCUGCCAUUUUCCGAGCAAUGGGAAAGCAGGCAGCAAUGAGAACAGAUCAGUACAACUCACGCUGGCUCAAUGACCCGGCAUUUGUCCAUGUGCAUCUCAUUCCGGACAGCGCAGAUCGAAAUGAUGACAAGCUUUACUUCUUUUUCCGUGAAAAGUCUACAGAUUCGCCUCACAGUCCCACCGUCUAUUCCCGCAUUGGACGCGUCUGCCUUAAUGACGAUGGAGGUCAUUGCUGCCUUGUCAAUAAAUGGAGCACUUUUCUGAAAGCACGACUGAUAUGCUCAGUGCCCGGAGAGGAUGGAAUAGAGACUCACUUUGAUGAGCUACAGGAUGUCUUUAUUCAGCAGACACAGGACAAUAAAAAUCCAGUCAUAUAUGCUGUCUUUUCUUCAUCAGGAUCUGUGUUUAAAGGGUCAGCAGUUUGUGUAUACUCCAUGUCCGACAUCCGUAUGGUGUUUAAUGGGCCAUUUGCUCACAAAGAGGGACCCAACUACCAAUGGAUGCCUUACACAGGAAAGAUUCCAUACCCACGACCUGGCACGUGUCCAGGUGGUACCUUCACCCCAUCUAUGAAGUCUACCAAGGAUUACCCAGAUGAGGUGAUAAACUUCAUGCGCACACACCCUGUCAUGUACAAUCCUGUGUAUCCAGUGCACCGCCAGCCAUUGUUAGUCCGAACCAACGUCAACUACCGAUUCACAACUAUUGCAGUAGAUCAAGUGGAUGCAUCUGAUGGGCGCUAUGAAGUGUUGUUUUUGGGCACAGAUAAGGGAACAGUACAGAAAGUGAUUGUUCUACCAAAGGAUGAUUUGGAGACAGAAGAGCUAAUAUUAGAAGAAGUAGAAGUGUUCAAGGUACCAGCACCCAUUAAAUCCAUGAAGAUCUCAACAAAGAGACAACAGCUUUACGUGGCUUCUUUGUCAGGAGUGACACACCUGGCCCUCCAUCGCUGUGAUGUGUAUGGUGAAGCUUGCGCAGAUUGCUGUCUUGCCAGAGAUCCUUACUGUGCCUGGGAUGGGAAGACCUGCUCUCGCUACUCAGCUUCUUCGAAGAGACGUAGCCGACGUCAGGAUGUAAGACACGGGAAUCCAAUGAGGCAGUGCAGAGGGUACAAUUCAAAUGCCAGUAAGAAUGGGGUGGACGGAGUGCAGUAUGGAGUGGAGGGAAGCUCAGCCUUCCUGGAGUGUCAGCCUCGCUCCCCCCAAGCCUCACUGAAAUGGAUUCUCCAGAAGGACAACACUGAUCGAAAGAAAGAGCUCCGCUCUGAAGGUCGCUUCCUGAAGACAGAACAAGGACUCCUCAUGCGCUCCCUGCAACUGUCCGACUCUGGAGUAUACCACUGCACAGCCACCGAGAACAAUUUUAAGCACACUGUGAUGCGUGUCCGGCUCCAUGUUCUGGGGGCUGAUGCUGUCACAGCAGCACUUCUUAACCCAGAACCUCCUGUGGCCCUUGCCACCAACCCAGCGGGACCCCCAGGUGCCUAUGAUGAUUUAGUACAACUUCUUUCUCAGCCUGAGAUGGGGCUUCUCAAUCAGUACUGUCAGGGAUACUGGCGCCCUUCUGGCUCUACACAGACUGAUACAAAGGAGUUUCAGGACCAAAAACGUGCCAGGAACCGGAGAAAUCAUCCGCCCACUGAGGAACUGCAGACAUGAAACAGGACCAACCAAUUCUAGGACCAACUAUUCUUCAUCUCCUUACUCCCCCCCCCCACUCAUCUUGCCUCCUUUCCGGACUGACCCUUAUUUUAUUUUUUACCCAAACCUCAUUUUUUUUUCUUAAAAUAUCAUGACAAAAAAACAGAACAAACUAUAAAUAUAUAAAUAUAUAAAAUAUAUAUAUAUAAAGAAAGAAGGGGGUUUACUCUUUACCUGAGUCUCUUAGACUUUAUUUAUUGGGGGAACUGAAAUUCCUCCCAUGCCAAUUCCUCUUUUACUGGGGCGCAGUAUGGACAGAGAGGAUCGGUCCUAGUUUCUGAAAUUAUGUGACAUUACACCAUUGGGGGACCCUUUAUAUCAUGUGAUUCUACCAAAACCCUGACGCUCAUGUCUUCUUUGCUUGAGGGACCUGCAGAGCGUCAGAGGCGUGUUACUGCUUUAAUACUACCAGAGCCUGCAGAUAAUUGCACAUAAACCCCUCUCAGACUACACAAACUGUAGGGUGUUGUUCUGUCACCCACCAGUACUUCAGGAAUCUGCAGAUCAUUGCUCCAUGACCACUUCGCAAUACAGUUUGCAGAGCACCUCUCCAUUAUCACUGCUCUGCAGGCUGACACUUCAAUAAAGAAUCACUGACAAAGAUUUUGUCUCUGUUGUUACACCAUAGACAUCAUUGCGAUGUGUGUGUCAGCCCCCUUCUCCUACACAACGACGUUUGCCCUGUCCAACGCCAUCUGUUUGAAUCUUGUCCCCACUUUUUCUCUCGGAUUAAAACUGACUGCAAUACUCCAAAGCUCUGAGUAGAGGAGGAGUGAGAGCACCUCUGUAUCCAUGAUGAAAGCUCAACCCAAUAAGAAUGUAUGCAUUUCAGAGGAGCUCUAUUCCAAUUGGAUUAGGGUACAUUAUUUACAGAACUUAUACUAUUGUGACCACAACCUAGAAAUAACUGCAAGGUGCAGACGUGUCAUGUACAAUUCAUUGGAAUCUAAUUACAUAGGUAUCCUAUCCAAAAGCAUUAGGAGAUAUAUUUAUCUUAUGAUAUGUUACUGCUUUCAGAAAAAAACAAAAAGUAGAUAAAAAAAUUAAAUUUGGCCUUAAUAUAUCAGCCAUUGGAUCCAAUUGGACUGGAAAUAAGUGUUUCAGCAAUGUGUGAGUCUGCACUUUAUAUAUACUCUUGGAUUCCCUUGGAUAACUGGGCACAGGAUUUUCUGGAAAUGACAGAGACUAUAAUCAGUAUAUGAGCUAGGAACUAUUCAUAACAGGGGAGCGGGCAACAGGAUUGGGGAGGCUUGUUAUUAUGCUUAGUGAUGUUCUACAGGGAAGCACAAACAUACAGCUGACAGAGGAAUGUUAUUUUAUGCAAGUCUUCCUUUUUAUAUAGUGGACUAUUUGUUAUUGUAUUGGAUGAUGUGUUUUCCCCCCGAUGUCAGUUUUGUUUAAAAUGAGGUACGUGUCCCUGUUGCCUGUGGAUUAGAAACAGGGGAGGUGCCUGAAGCCUGAGGCCUACAUUUAGGGUAAGGGAGGUUUCUCUGGUGACUGCAUUUUGUAAUAUUUCCAGUAUUGUCACGAAACGAGUCAAUGCCAUGAAAUGAGUCUGAAUUGUCUGGGUAUGGUAUGAGUCUAGUUUGGCACUAUUGGUACAAAAUGAACCAGAGUUGUCUGUGUAUAGGUAUGGCAUAAGUCCAAAUUGUCUGCGUAUUGGUAUGGCAUGAGUAUAAAUUGUCUUUGAAUUGAUAAGAGAAGAGUCCAAAUUGUCCGUGACUAUGUAUGAAUGAGAGCGAUUAACGGGAAGCAAUGAAUCUAACUGUCUGAUUGACAAGAAGAAACAAGUCACGGGUUUAUAUGUAUCAGAAAGAAAUUAGUUCAAGUCAUCAGACUAAUGACAAGAAUAGAGUUCCAUUUGUCUGUGUUGUUGUCUGAUUAACUGGAAUAAAUGAGUUCUUAUUGAUUGGGGAAAAA